CGAAACUAACUUGCACUUAUUACGCAAGCCCAGCACUUCCCCGAAGUGAAGUUUGUUUCGUUUCUAAAAUACAAUGUGUCAUUGUAACGGUAUCUAAUAAAAACAGUCGCCUAUUUGUUCACUUACUUUGCAUGUUUUCACUUAUUUAAAAUUAUUCAAUAGGCCAAACGAUCACAUGAUGUUGUAAUGCAAGAGGAAGCUAUAACAAUAUAAGGAACCAUUACACAUUCCUUUGCCAAAAUGGAGAAACCAAUCGAUGGCAACCAUGGACACGGUUAUGGGACCGUCAAUCCAGUGUUUGGAGCAGCAGCAAUGUCGACCGCACCUUCCGCACCCCCUGCGAGCAUGUUCGACACAGUCCCAGGAUAUGAGGGAACCUUGGCCGGCGGAGGUGGGUAUCUUCCACCACCAAUGCCAACUGUACCGAUGCCUAUGCCCGAAGCCCCAAGUCAGCCAGACUGGCAAAUUCCUUCCCUCUCAGAGGACAGAGCUCAGGCGGCUUUCAGUACAUACGUCUCCAAAAAGUGUUGCUAUAGUUCCACUCCUGUCAAAGAAGGAGUUAUAACCAACAUGGAAAUCUUUAAUACCUACAGGUAUCGUUUGGAGACGUUCACGGAGUCCAGAUCAUCUGAAUGGAGCAAUGAGCCAUACACAGCGCAGGCUGUGGAUGCCGGUGUUCAGCCUGCCCCGGGGCCUUGGCAAAUCGCAACCAAACCUCCAACUUUCUUUCAGGACCAGAAGCAGACCAUUAAAGUGCCUUACACCUCCUCAGUUAAGAACUGUCACACAUGUCUCGGGAUGGGAAGACGUCCCUGUACCGCAUGCGCUGGUUCCGGAAACAAAGUGUGUAGUUGGUGUAAGGGUACUGGACUACGUCAGACCGGCGACCGCUGUAUGCACUGCACAGGCAGCGGACGAGAGAACUGUUCUUCAUGUAAUGGUCAAGGCAAUCGUGAGUGUGAGACCUGUCGAGGGAAGAGACAGCUGCUCGUCUACAUCAAUGUCAAUGUUAAAUGGACCACUGAGAAGGACAAUUUUGUAGCACAGCAGUCAAGCGGUCUGAAAGAGCAAAGCCUGGAGAGCGUUACAGGAAAGCAGCUCUUUCAAGAUACCCAAUAUAUGUUGUAUCCAGUUUUGGGUUUUCCUGAUGUGUCUGUCGCACAAGCUUCCGACCGUUUUCUGAAAGAGCACCAGGCCAAAUACGCCCAAACCUCCCGUGUUUUACAACAGAGACAGACAAUAGAGCUGAUUCCCAUUACCAAAGUAAACUACAUGUGGAAAGGAAAAUCCUAUGUGUACUUUGUGUACGGAAAUGAAUGUGAAGUGAAUGCUGAAGAUUACCCAGCCACAUGCUGCUGCUGCUCUGUGAUGUAACACACCUGACAUACAGUUUGUCAUUGUGAUGGAUAUUGACAUAACUUCACUUUACACAUUAAUCACAGAGCUGUACAUACGACCAUCAUCAUGAUGCGCAUACUGAACAUCAGCAGUCGUUUGUUCAUUAGAGGUCAAAUUCUAAUUCAGUCGACAAUUAAUAAUGAAAGAGAAGCUCUUUUUAAAUCUUAUGUAGUGUAUUUAUCCAAAAUCUAUUCCUUAAAUGCCUUUAUAAUGUAAAUGUGACUGACUAAAGUUAUGAAAUGAUGACGUAGGGGAAAUUUGGGCGUCCAAAUAAACUUAAUUUGAUACAUGAAA